UCGCAGUUCUCACCAAAAUUUUUUUUUUUGGCCAAACGACCAAACAAAAAUCAAAAGAAAAAGAAUUGGGGAGGACAUAGGCUAGUCUUUGAUACGAGUUUAACUAGAAACGAUUCGAAAUCGAGGAGGAGAGACCGAACAGCAAGCUUAGAAGAACCCACUGAAACAACCGAGAUGUCAAUUAUCAAACCAAUUGGACCAACCAGUGCGCCUCAACCAUACUCGAUCAAGUAUCUACCACCACUAAUAGUUGGAGGAGCGGUUUUCAAUACUCAAUAUGCAUCAGAUCCAUAUAAGUUACCGGUGAAGGAGAUUGUUUCUCAAGCGUUCAGAAGUGGAUUAAUUGCCAUUGACACCUCGCCAUAUUAUGGAGCAUCCGAAGAAUUACUUGGGAAAGCCUUAUUUGAAUUGAAAAGUAAAUGGAAUAGAGAACUGUAUUUUAUUUGUACUAAGGCUGGUAGAAUUAAAUUAAACGAAUUUGAUUAUUCAAGGGAUGCUGUUAGGAAAUCUGUUGAAAGAUCGUUAAGUCGAUUGAAUACUAAAUAUCUUGAUUUAGUGUAUAUGCAUGAUAUUGAAUUUGUUAAGGAAGAUGAAAUUUAUGAAGCACUAAAAGAAUUAUCAUUGAUGAAAAGGGAAGGUAUAAUUAAAAACAUUGGGAUUUCUGGAUAUCCGGUUGAAUUUUUAUAUAAGAUUGCUAAAAAUUGUCAUGAUUCACAUCAAGAUGAUAUUGGAUCAUUAGACGUAGUAAUGUCCUAUAGUAAUGGAUGUAUUCAAAAUACUAAACUAUUUGAAUACCAUGAUAAAUUCUUAAAUGAAUGUGGACUUCAAAAAUUACUCAAUGGAUCAAUUUUGAGUAUGUCUCUAUUAAGAUCCCAAGUUACUCACGAUUUCCACCCUGCAUCCCCAGAUUUGAAAAAUUGCAUUUCAAAUAUUGCCCAAACUUUAAUAAAAGAAGACCAAGUUGAAUUAGCCGACUUAUCCACUCGCUUUGCCUUAAGACACUGGCUAUUUGGUUUAAGUUUCGGUAAAAAAGACUCUGAAAGACCCGGUUAUUUGAGAUGGAAUAAAAAAGUUUCAAUUGUUUUGGGUGUUUCUAGUGUGGAAGAACUCAAUGUUGCAAUUAAUUGUUACUGGCAAGUUAAAUUGAACGAAGAUGGCGUCAAUGAUAAAGAUACUCCUUUGGAAGAAAAAGUACAUCGAAUGCUAGGUCAUCAUUUGAACGAAACCUGGCCUAGUGGUAUAAACCAUUGAUUAUCCUUUUUAGACUUUUUUAGACUGUUAUAUAUUUUUUUGAUUUUUUUUUUUUU